AUCUUAGAAAUAUCAUUACAAUUACCACUAAAUCUUGACCCAAAAGAAAAAAUGGUCACAAAAGUGCAAAAUACUCACCUACCCGUUAGAUGACCAGAUCUCAAUCACAAAAUAUAUUUAUAUCUUUUUCAUCAUAAAAUGGUCCAAUACAUUUCCUCGUUUUUUUUGUUUGUUUGACUUCAAAAACUCGUACCCUUUCUCUCUGCUUCGAUUCCCAAAGACAAUAUUUUGCAAAGGUAAUAGACAAAGAUCCUCCCGACACGACAUUUUCUACCACAUGAUUUUAUGAUUCCGUGAUAAACGAUUGUUGUCUAGUUUAAAGAAGUUGUAAUUACGAGGUUAUGAAUCCUAAUCCAGUGAUGAGUACUAAUGGGUGUGUGAAACCUGUUCCAACUGAAGAAGAACAAGCAAAGAUUGAGGAAGUGAGGAAGCUGCUAGGUACAUUACCGGAGAAACUUUCGAGUUUUUGUUCGGAUGAUGCGGUUUUGAGGUACUUAAGAGCAAGGAAUUGGCAUGUCAAGAAAGCUACUAAAAUGCUUAAAGAAACCUUGAAAUGGAGAGUUCAGUACAAACCUGAGGAGAUUUGUUGGGAGGAAGUAGCUGGUGAAGCUGAGACAGGGAAGAUAUAUAGAUCGACUUGUGUCGAUAAACUUGGAAGACCUGUUCUUAUCAUGAGACCGAGUGUUGAGAAUUCUAAGUCAGUGAAAGGCCAAAUUAGAUACCUUGUGUAUUGUAUGGAGAACGCAGUCCAAAAUUUGCCACCAGGGGAAGAACAGAUGGUGUGGAUGAUAGACUUCCACGGAUAUAGUCUGGCUAACGUAUCAUUAAGAACUACAAAAGAAACUGCUCAUGUGUUACAAGAACAUUACCCUGAGCGUUUAGCUUUCGCUGUUCUUUACAAUCCUCCCAAGUUCUUUGAACCCUUCUGGAAGGUGGCGAGGCCCUUCUUAGAACCGAAGACACGGAACAAAGUGAAGUUUGUUUACUCGGAUGACCCAAAUACUAAGCAGAUCAUGGAUGAUAACUUCGACAUGGACAAGAUGGAGUCAGCUUUUGGUGGAAACGAUGACUCGGGUUUCAACAUAAAUAUACAUUCAGAGAGGAUGAAAGAGGACGAUAAGAAAAGACUUGCUGCCUUGGAGGGUAUUGCUUCUGUUUCUCUAGACUCGCUCAGCAUCUUAUCAGUCUCUGAUGGUGUUGCCUCUAACAGUGGUCACCCUAGCUCUCAGGAUGUCUCUGAAGACGAGCAUCAACCUCAGACAAAGGGACCAAUCCCGUAAUUGAGUAUCCAAUGUUACAAUCCAAUGUUUGUAGCUGCAAGCAUUGUAUGUUUUUGUAUUUUGUUCUCCACCGCGAAGAGUUUCCAUAUGUAUAUUUUUUUUUCCUUAUAGUAAUAAAACCAUAACAGAGAUGUGCAAGCAAUAGAAUGCACGAAAACACAAGCUGCAAUUACAUUU